UUUACUAUCCACUUCCUCCAGCUGCAGCCCAAACCCAUGUCUCACUGCUCAGACAAAAUGAUCAACCAUCACCUCACGCAACUGGAGAAAUAUAGGGACUGAUAAGAUCUCAGUGGAACAAGUAGAGCAGAGUAGACCCCACACAUGCUCUUAAAAUGUGACAUAUUUCCAUUAGCGUGCGCUGAAGGGAGUUUGCAAUAAUUAAUGACCGCAAGCUGUCCACGGUUAGCGCGUCAAGUGCAUGCCAAUUAAAUAUUUUGAUUAUUGGCAGAUUUUCGGAACGCAGGAUGGAUGCUGCGCGUCAUUGCGCGCUGGCAAAGAUGCUUUACUCAACGUCACUGCAUUGGACCCGACACACCUCCAAUACUUGGCACACAUUCCUUCAGUUUUCCACCAUCCCUGCAGGCGCAAAAACGCACUUCAGCCGGCAGUUUGGACAUAAAGCGGCACAUAGCGCACUGACCACUCACUGGAGAAUGAACUGCUGCAAAUGCCUAAAAUACACAGUUUUACCAUGCCAUAGCAUCAGAAUAGUGAGUCAUUCAAUGGAAUAAGCAAAAAGAUUUAUGUCUUGAGAUUUUAUGGACAAUUACAAUGGAUACCACUUUGGACCCCCUUUCAUCAUCUCUUCUGUAUUACGAUGAAGAUGGAAACGAAACAUCCAUUAAUCUGUUCGAGCAGCCGGACUGGCAGGUGGCAUUAUGGGCGAUUGCAUAUACUUUGAUCGUAAUUAUUUCCUUCAUUGGCAAUGUCACAGUUAUUUGGAUCAUUCUGGCGCAUAAACGCAUGAGGACAGUGACCAACUACUUCAUUGUCAACCUCGCCUUCUCUGAUGCCUCUAUGGCAACUUUUAACACCGUUUUUAAUUUCGUUUAUGCUUUGCACAAUGACUGGUAUUUUGGUUUAGGAUAUUGUAAAUUUCAAAACUUCUUCCCAAUAACAGCAAUGUUCUCAAGCAUUUAUUCAAUGGCCGCUAUUGCAGUUGACAGAUAUAUGGCCAUAAUCCAUCCUCUGAAGCCCAGACUGUCCUCCACCACUACUAAACUUCUGAUCGGGGUCAUCUGGACCGUGGCUUUUUCUUUGGCAUUUCCUCAGUGUUAUUAUGCCAGCACCAAGUUUUACUUCCCGCGGACUGUUUGUAUGGUGGAAUGGCCUGACGAUUAUGGAGGGAAACAUCAGCUCUCAUAUCAGAUUGCUGUGAUUAUCCUGAUCUACUUGCUCCCUCUGCUGGUGAUGUUGGUGACCUACAGUCUGGUGGGACAGCGGCUUUGGGGCAGCGAGAUCCCUGGAGAAGCUUCAGACCACUACCAAAACCAGAUGCAGGCCAAACGCAAGGUUGUGAAGAUGAUGAUAGUGGUGGUGACAACCUUUGCAAUAUGCUGGCUUCCCUACCACAUCUACUUCAUUCUGGGCAGCUUCAACCGGGACAUUUACAAGCAGCACUACAUCCAGCAGGUCUAUUUGGCCAUCUUCUGGCUGGCCAUGAGCUCCACAAUGUACAACCCCAUCAUCUACUGCUGUCUAAACCAAAGAUUCCGCUCAGGUUUUCGCAAGGCAUUCCAGUGGUGCCCCUUCGUCAAGAUUUCAGAGGAGGACAAUAUGGAACUGCAGCAUAUGAGGACCUUUCACAUGAGACGCAGUUAUCGCACUGAGACCACCAGCGUGGUGGUCCGUAAUCACGCCAACGAGCCAGAAGACACCACAUCCAAACUAAUCAAAGCCUGAGUCUACAAUAAUUUAAUGAUGAGAAAAACAGCCACAUGUAGCACUUGAUACCUCAAAACAAAACUGAGUCUCACAUAUUACUGUGCUCUGUGGUGGAUCUUUUACAGUUGGAGUAUUCUUGUACUCUUAUGGCAUAAGCACUAAGCCUUAUUGUGUCUGUGUUGCUGCUUAAAAGUACUGGUCUCAAUAUAAGUAUCCUAUAUAGAUAUGUUUGUUGUGUAUAAACUACAUACACUACCAUUUAAAAGUUCAGUAUCAUCCAUUUAAUUAACCAUAAAGACGUUAAUAAUGUUACAAAAGACUUCUAUUUUAAGAAAUUGCUGCUCUUUUCAAUGUCUUAUACAUCAGAGUAUCCUAUUCUGUGGUAUUUACUAAAAUAUUAAGCAGCACAACUGUUUUUGACGGUUCAUGUGAAACUGAAGACUGUAUACUGAUGCUGAAAAUUCAACUUUGCCAUCAAAAUAUAAAACAAAAUGAACAAUAAAACAAAAUGGAAAAUAUAGUAUACACAUAUAUUACUCAUAUCAAAAUUUUGAACAGUGCUGGACCUUGUUGUUUCAUACGUCGCUAUAUGGUGCAAUGAAUGUUUCAGAUGUAAAUACUGAGUUCUAUGUUAAGAGGCAGCUUUAAAUGUAAAUGUAAAAAAAAGAUAACAAUAAUAAAACCAUAUACAUUUCAGAACUGCAACAAUAACAAAAUGUUUAAAGCAUCUAAUUGCUUAUUGUGACAAAUAUGAUGACUGUUGGAUUAUAUUGACAGUGCUGGAAAAAAGAAAGACAAAUGGAAGAAAAAUGUGUAAUAGUUGUCAAAGACAGGAAGAGGAAACUAAUAUAUUAAUGAAGCUAAACAAACAUUCCCAUGUUGCAUCUGUACUGUACAUAGACAUGAAAGCUCACAUUUCAGUGGUACUCAGUGUUUUCAGCAUGUAUUAUCUAUAGUAUACAAUUGCAUGUGCAACUAUAGAAUUAGCUGGAGAGUUUUAGACCCAAGACAGAGAUAUGUUUAUUCAUUUAAAUGCAAAUAGUGUGUACUUUUUUCUUUUGGCCACAGCAUCCAGAUUACAUACAUUCUGAAAUAUGGUUCACUAUGUAGUUUUUUUCCAUAUAAAAAAAUAUUUAAUGUAUGUGUUUGUUAUGCUGUCACGCAAAAUGUACUUGCCAGUGGUUUUAUAUAUAAAUAUAAUUUGUAUAUACUACUUGUUGAUUUUUUAUAUCUUUUUGUUUUUCCUUUCAUAUGAUUGUCUAGCAUCUGUUUAAUCUGUAUGAUUGUUCAUUCUUAAAGAAAAAGUAAAGGAAAUUCUACAGUUACUGUUUCCUAUGUUUGCUAAUGGGUUAUCAAAUAGUAAAUGUAAUAAAAGAGGGAUUUGAACAUCUUGAAUAAGACCUUGUGCUGAAAAAUGAAGUAGGCUAUACAGUAGAAUACAAAUAAAGUAUCCACUAAAACUAAAA